AUAAUACAUAGUGCAAAUCACAUAGGCGUUGGUUUCGGCCUUGGCCGUCAUUAUGUGAAUUUUUCCAGACGCUCCGAGCUUUUGUAAACGCGAAUUUAGUUAUUGCGAGACACUCAGCUGAUUAACUUGUAGAAUACAUAAAUUAUUUUCAAAGAAGUGCAGCGUGUAGAUUAAAUUCAAACGAAAUGGCAACAAAAUUGGAUGCAAUAAUUUUCGGCGCAACCGGCUUUACUGGAGAAAUUGUCGUUGAGAAUGCGCCGGAGGUGUUGCAAGGCUUGACAUGGGGUAUUGCGGGAAGGAAUUCGGCUAAAUUGGAAAAUGUCUUGAAAGUAGCCGGUAAAAAAAUAGGCAAGGAUCUUAGUAAGAUACCCAUUAUUUUGGCAGACGUUGAAGAUGAAAAUUCCAUAAAGGAAAUGGCGAACAA